GAGGGGAAGGAACUGGGUGGGAAGGGACCUCCAGAGUGCCGGAGCCCUCAUCAGGAUCACGGUCCUCUGAUCGGAAGAUCUGGAAGAGCUGCUCCUGAGAGAGAAGGUGAUCACAAACCAAACUAUCUUUGAGCCACAAUGGACCAAGGCACUAAAAUGAGGGGCCAGAACCCACAGACUCAUGUGACAACGAACAUCUCCAAAGCGCAGAAGUGCACAGUGAUCGGAGGCUCGGGGUUUCUUGGUCAGUACAUGGUAGAGCAGUUGCUGGCCAGAGGCUACCAUGUUAACAUCUUUGACAUCCGUCAAAGCUUUGAGGACCCCGACGUAGAGUUCUUCCUGGGUGAUCUUUGCAACCAGCAGGAUCUCUACCCAGCUCUGAAAGGGGUGGGCACCGUUUUCCACUGUGCGUCACCCCCACCAGGCAGUGGCAACAAGGAGCUCUUUUACAGAGUGAAUUACCUUGGCACCAAGAAUGUCAUUGAAACUUGCAAAAAGGCUGGGGUUCAGAAACUCAUUCUGACAAGCUCUGCCAGCGUCGUCUUUGAGGGCGUCGAUAUCAAGAACGGGAUUGAGGAGCUCCCCUACGCCAAAAACCCCAUUGACUACUACACGGAAACCAAGAUCCUACAGGAGCAAGUCGUCCUGGGCGCCAAUGAUCCCGAGAAGAAUUUCCUAACGGUCGCCAUUCGCCCUCAUGGCAUUUUCGGCCCUAGGGACCCGCAGUUGGUCCCCAUCCUCGUUGAUGCUGCCAGGAAGGGCAAGAUGAAGUUUAUGAUUGGAAAUGGGAAAAACUUGGUGGACUUCACCUUUGUGGAGAACGUGGUCCAUGGCCACAUCCUGGCGGCAGAGCGCCUCUCCCAAGAUGUAGCUGUGUGUGGAAAGGCCUUCCACAUCACCAAUGACGAGCCCAUCCCAUUCUGGGCGUUCCUGUCCCGUAUCCUGACAGGCCUCAACUAUGAGGCCCCCAAGUACUGCAUCCCCUACUGGCUGGCCUACUACCUGGCCCUGCUGCUGGCCUUGUUGGUGAUGGUGGUCCAGCCGGUGAUCAAGCUGCAGCCCACCUUCACGCCCCUGCGGAUCGCACUGGCUGGCACCUACCACUACUUUAGCUGUGCCAGGGCCAAGGAGCUGCUGGGCUACCAGCCACUGGUCCCCAUGGAUACUGCCGUGGAGAGGACUGUGCGUAGCUUUCACCACCUGCGGCAGGUCUGACUGAGCUCAGGCUCCACCUGCCAGGGAGCUAAGAGCCGCCCUGGCCCUUCUGUGAGCCACCUGGGUGCGGUACAGCUGCUCUCUAUAUCUGGACGUAGGAAAUCUCCUUCCCCUCCACCCCCUCUGGCUCCUGAGCACAAAUGUCACUUUGCAGUUGCCCCCUAAUCCUUGUUGGCGUCCUUGCGUUCAAAUUGAAGAGGUAAGACCCUGUCAGGAAGAAACGGUUGAAGGGACCACACAUUAAAAAUAUCCUAGAAGAAAAGUGAAAGAUAUAAAGAAAGGCACAUGGCUGCGACUUGAAACGGGGUGCCUAUUUUACAUCUCAGGGUGGUAAACUUCCAAAUUCUCUGUCCCCACAGGGUCGCCUGCUUUGUUCUGUGUCAGCCCAUUCUCAACAGCAGGGUUCCUGAGUGCUCUGCGGCGAUGUGCAGACCAGCUCGUGAGAGUUUGCGUUAGGGAGGCCCCUUUAGUGACUCGGAGUUGGGGAAGAAACCCCUGAGAUGUUAUAGCCCAGCCCACGGGAGACCAGAAUAAAGUCAGGAUGUUGGACCUGU